AUGGCGGAUCCGAACACGCACCCGUGGGGUUACUACUGCAGCAAUUCAACAGAUGCUUCGAAGAACGGAACGAUCGAUAUCUGGAAACCAGUAUGCGGAUGGGUUGAUGCAGGCAACGACAGAGGUACCAUCGACAUACUUUGGUCCAGUAACCUGACAAUCAUGCUUUGCGUCUGGGUAGCUACUCAUCCUAAUGCGCUGGGACCCAAAGACAGAUGGUGGCACGCUGUUAUUGACAAGUUCAACCUUGCUGCCAUCGGCCUUCUCGGACCCGACUUUCUUUUUGGCAUCGCCGUUGGACAACUCGCUAGUGCUAGGAAGAGCGUCAAGGAGUUCAGGAAACUCCCAUACGUACAUGGCCGGAAGAAAUGGGGACUGAAGCAGGCAUUCUUUGUCGAUAUGGGAGGAAUACAUCUGAUGAGUCCCGAUUACAAAGAGGGGAGCACGUUCCCUAUCAAUGCCGCCCAACUAUAUUAUUUGAUCAAGCAUAAUUUCGUCGAUUAUCCGGACAUGAAGGCAAUGGCCAUUUCUGAGCGUAACAGCGUGGACGCUCUUUCCAGAAUCAUUACAGUAUGGCAGGCCAUCUUGUUCUGCAUCAAAGAGGGAGAUCGCCUCCGACUGGGCCUACCUAUCACUCCUUUGGAGCUAACCGCUCUUUCAUUCACCUUUGUCAUGUUUGCAACUUCGAUCUGCUGGGCCUGCAAGCCUACCAUAACAAAACCGCAGUACAUUGAAACCAAGAAUGGAGCUCUGGUUUCGGACAUCAGGGACUACGCAAGACGCACUACGCACUCUACCCUGCCUGAUGAGUGGUUUAACACUCCGUUGGACUUUAUAAGUUAUCAGGAGUUCAGGAUCGCUACGCACUGGUCGUACUACACAAGGUUGUGUGACAUGAUGCGCCUCCAUCUAUUCUCGCGGCCGAUGGACACGCGACCGUCCAAAUCGAGGCCACACGAAAGACGUCCGUGGAGCCGUAUCCCAUCAGACAUCUGGAUGCCGAUUAGUUUCUGGCUCUGGAUCCCUAGCAUCUUCGUGAUGGCAGUGUUCAGUUGCUCCUUCAUGUUUGGAUGGAACUUUUUCUUCCCCACUGAGACCGAGCGAAAAUCAUGGAGAAUAUGUGCCACCUACCACAUGCUUUUCUCGCUGUACGGUGGCAUAUACUACAGUAUCGAAGUCUGGAGGAGCAACAAACGACCAGAAAGGUACAAGGCAUUGCCUACAUCCAUCGACACAGAAGACCCCGAAGCCCAGAGGCACCAAAGCCAAAGCAGCAGCGAGCUCAAGCUCAUGCUGUCGACGCGUGCCGAACCGUUCGUAUCCAGGGCUCGCAAAUGGAUUGGAUCGUGGCGAAACAUCUCUCGCGAUCAGAACCCAGACAUGAAAGUCCCACUCCGAGUUGUUGUUCCAACGACCGUCUUCUGUGCCGUGUACGUGUUUUGUCGCGCGUACUUCUAUGUCGAAGAUUCCCUUUCGUUGAGAGUGCAGCCCCAGGGCGCUUAUAUGACGGGGAACAAAAUCCUUCCUUUCAUCGCGACACCUUCACUAUGA